GCGCGCGCAGCCCCGGCACAGUGCGGCCAACGCACGCACAGCAGGGGACAGCGUUCCAAAUUCAAACUUUUGACAGUUCAAAGUUGCCAGUUAGUGCGGUUUUUUUUCCACGUUGGUGUUUUCCCCUUAACUCUUGGAUUGGUGCCCUCCCGCAGUUCAUCAUCAACUCUACAUGAUGGCUUUCUUCAAGAGUUUGAUGUUGACUGCGCUGCUGUGCGCCGCGCUGACCACCGCCGGCGCGCGCCCGCCGCGCAAACACUACAAACGUGAUGCCCCCAUUCCUCUGCACGCAGCGCCGCUCAGCAACUCGUACUUGCCGCCGUCGCGCCCGUCCAGCAGCUACGGCGCCCCCCCGCGCCCCUCCAGCAGCUAUGGCGCCCCUUCCAAGCCCUCAAGCAGCUAUGGAGCGCCCCCGUCCAGACCUUCUAGCAGCUAUGGAGCGCCCCCUCCGUCAUCUAGCUACGGAGCGCCGUCCAAGCCCCCAUCCAGCUCCUACGGCGCCCCUCCUUCCAGCUCCUAUGGAGCCCCCGCGCCGCGCCCGUCCUCCAGCUACGGAGCUCCGCCGAAACCAUCCAGCUCAUACGGAGCCCCCGCCAGGCCCCCAGCGACCAGCUACGGAGUGCCCACUGGACCUUCCUCGUCGUACGGAGCGCCUCCCAAGCCGUCCAGCAGCUACGGUGCGCCAGCACCUAAGCCAUCCAGCUCGUAUGGAGCCCCGGCCCCAGCCCCUUCAAGCUCCUACGGUGCUCCGCCAUCUAGCUCCUACGGAGCGCCCGCUCCGGCACCCUCGUCCAGCUACGGCGCGCCGGCUUCCGCGCCCUCCAACUCGUACGGAGCCCCGGCCGCUCCCCCGUCCACCUCCUACGGAACCCCCGCCCUGCCGCCCUCGUCCAGCUAUGGCGCUCCGGCCGCGGCCCCGCCAUCAUCGUCUUACGGUGCUCCCUCAUCAGGACAUGGCGGCGGCAGCAGUGGCUUCGGAAGCAGCGGGUUCGGCGGUAGCAGCGGCUUCGGAGGAGGCAGCUUCGGUGGCAGCGCUCCUUCCUCUAGCUACGGAGCACCCUCAGCCCCGUCUAGUUCAUACGGCGCCCCGGCCCAGGCUCCCUCGAGCUCCUACGGGGCUCCCUCGCAGGCACCGUCCAGCUCGUAUGGCGCGCCUAGCGCUGGCGGCUUCUCAUCCAGUGGAUCAGGAUUCGGUUCAUCUGGCGGCGGCGGCGGCGGUGGCUACUCUUCUGGCGGUUCUGGUGGCUACUCGGGCGGUCACUCCUCGGGCGGCGGCGGCGGCUACUCGUCCGGUGGUGGCUCCGGCGGGUACCCGAGCGGAGGCGGCGGUGGAUACUCAAGCGGUGGAUCGGGAGGCUACUCGUCCGGUGGCGGCUCGGGAGGCUACUCAUCCGGUGGUGGCUCAGGCGGCUACUCAUCCGGAGGCUCCGGUGGGUACUCAUCUGGCGGAUCAGGCGGCCACGGUGGCUCGAGCGGCGGCGGCGGCGGCUACCCCAGCAGCGUGCCGGCCACCAUCAACCAGAGCUACGACUCCAACGGUGGCUACGUCUACUAAGCCAGCUGUAACAUUCAUGAGAUUGCUAUCGAGUCCUUCUGUCCGUCAGUCAGGUAGAGAGCGCGUUGUAAAUUGGACGUCUAGAUGUUGUUUGUGAUCGGUUCCGUAGUUCUCUUCAAGCUUAGUCUCUCUAUUUAUUUAGAAUCGCGCUCAAAUGAAAGCUCUCGGCUGGAUGUGUCCAACGAAAGGAAAAAAGUAUUAAUUAUUUAAUGUAAUAGGAAAGAACUGUACAAAAAUUUAGCGGUUAAGUACAAAGGUAUUUUUUGUAUGAAUAAAACUUUUUGUAAAUAAUA